CGACGACACUCGUUGGCGAUCAAUAUUAGAGAAUCUCCUUCAUCAAAAAUUGUUCAAUACAAUUUAAAUUAUAAUAACGGAGAGAAAAUAAUCAAUUCAAAAUGAUGCAAUCAGAACAAACUUUUUCAAAUCCUCCACCAAUGAUGGCCCAACAAGUACCUCCACAACAGCAGCCACCAAUAAUGGCCUCACUGAAUGGAGUUCCUGAAGUUAAAGAAGAUAAGAAGAGAUUAAUUGUGGAUAGAGCUUCAAAGAGAAUAACAGCACUCGAAGAUAGUGUUAUUCAAAAGUAUGAUGUUUUACAAGGACACAAACAUCCAAAGCUUUUUGUUAGACUUUCACUUAUAAUGGCUUUCCUUUCUAUUAUUUGUUUUUGCAUAUGGAUUUUAACAACACCAACUGGAUAUCCUUGGUUUAUACAUAUUUUGUGGGUUUCAUCGUUAGUUAUUGGUGGUUUGAUGAUUCAAGGAUCACCUACUUAUUCCGAUAGACUCUUCUCCUUCCACACCCUCUUCUUCGCAUCAACAAGUUUCCAACUCAUUGCCAUGAAUGAACAUACACCAUCAAGCUUCCCUUGGAGUGUUUAUCCAGUUGCUGUUUUAUUACUUGCCUACUGUCUUCAUGGUAUGGUUGUCAAGGUUAGACAAUUCUUCAAUCACUUUUAUAUCCACGCCUUGUUCUACAGUGUUAUUAACUUUAUUGUUUUUGUCACUUACUGUUACACUGUUCACGAUUUCCCAUGGUUUUUGAUUGUUUUAGGAGGUUGGACUGUCUUUUUAUUGGCUCACUUUGCUAUUUGGAAGGCUUUGACUUUCAGAUUCAAUAAGCAAGCUGAAAAGGCUAAUCAAGCAGCUCAACAAAAUAAUCAAUCAGGUCAACAAGCUGUUAUUCAACAACCAACUCAACCAAUUCAACAACCUAUUCAACCUUCAUUUGCUGCUCAAACUGUUCCAAACACAGUUUAUGUCACACCUUCACAAGAUCUUGGAUACAACAACAAUGCUCCAAUGGUUCGUGAAUCUGGUUUCACUGGUGAAAUUGAGGAUACUUUUGAUGAAAAUCAAUUCUUUGAUGAAGAAGAUGAACCUCAAGAAUUUGGAAAGAAGAAGGGAAAUUACGAACAAGUUUAAAAUUGUAAAUAAACAAAAUAUUGACUCAAAA